ACACGUCUUGGCCACCUUAAAAAUCCACACCUUGCGUUUAUUGUUUUGGUUGAUGAGUAAUCUUUGAGAAACUCCGUCAUUCCUUCUUAAUUAGAUCUUAAAGAACGAAAUAUCCUUAAAAAUGGACUGGCUAUUUGGCAAGAAGAUCAGCCCCGAUGAGAUGCUGCGCAAGAAUCAGCGGGCGUUGAACAAGGCGAUGCGGGAUUUGGAUCGCGAGCGGAUGAAAAUGGAACAGCAGGAGAAAAAGAUCAUCGCUGACAUCAAAAAGAUGGCCAAGGAGGGUCAGAUGGAUGCCGUCAAGAUCAUGGCCAAGGAUUUGGUCCGCACACGGCGGUAUGCCAAGAAAUUUAUGCUUAUGAAGGCAAACAUCCAGGCUGUGUCCCUCAAAAUCCAGACGCUCAAGUCGCAGAACACAAUGGCCCAAGCCAUGAAGGGUGUCACCAAGGCCAUGCAGAACAUGAACCGCCAGCUGAAUCUCCCACAAAUCCAGAAGAUCCUGCAGGACUUCGAGAAGCAAUCGGAAAUGAUGGACAUGAAGGAAGAGAUGAUCAACGAUGCUAUCGAUGAUGCCAUGGAGGAUGAGGGCGAUGAGGAGGAGACCGAUGCAGUGGUGUCCCAGGUGCUGGAUGAACUUGGCCUUCAGUUGGGCGAACAACUGGGAGACCUUCCCGCUGCCUCGGGUUCGCUUUCCAUAGCCGGAGGGGCCGGUGCUCAGAAAGCCCAGGCUGUAGCCGCCGGAGGUGUAGGAGGCGGUGGAGCAGCCGGGGGAGCUGGAGGAGGCGGUGGCGGUGGCGGAGGAGCAGGAGCUUCCGGUGGAAGUGGCGCUUCAUCGCCUAUGUCCGAUGCCGAUGCGGAUCUGCAGGCGCGCCUGGACAAGCUGCGCAAGGAUUGAUCUACUCCUAAGAACCACUGCCUGUCCAUUUUAUAUAAGAGCCACCACCCGUUUGUAUCUCCCAGAAAGCGAAUGUUAUAUUAAAGACGAGAAUCCUUGUGAUUUUCGUUCCCUGCGUGUUUGAAAAAUCGAUGAGUAAUUACCAUUUUCAUGCUUUUUAAGGGAGUUUUAAUGUAUUAGUUGCAAUAAACUCGCAAUAUAUUUUACUAUAGAGCUAUGCUAAAAUUCGGUUUUAUAAAUUUUAAUUUUGACUUUAAUAAAAUUGAGCAAAAGGAAA